UUUCUUAUUUAUGCCUGCCUGCUGCUUUUUUCUGUGUUGCUGUCUCUACGACUGGAUGACAAAAUUCAGUGGAGUUACUGGGCUGUAUUUGCUCCAAUAUGGCUCUGGAAGUUAAUGGUGAUUGUUGGUGCCUCAGUGGGAACAGGAGUAUGGGCCCGAAACCCACAGUAUCGAGCAGAAGGAGAAACCUGUGUGGAGUUCAAAGCCAUGCUAAUUGCAGUUGGCAUCCACCUGCUCCUGCUGAUGUUUGAAGUCCUGGUGUGUGACAGGAUCGAAAGAGGAACCCAUUUCUGGCUUCUGGUCUUCAUGCCAUUGUUCUUUGUGUCUCCAGUGUCCGUUGCAGCUUGUGUGUGGGGAUUCCGACAUGACAGGUCUCUGGAGCUGGAAAUCUUGUGUUCAGUGAAUAUUCUACAGUUCAUAUUUAUUGCACUCAGACUAGACGAGAUCAUCCGAUGGCCGUGGCUUGUUGUUUGUGUUCCACUGUGGAUCCUGAUGUCCUUCCUGUGCCUGGUGGUUCUCUAUUACAUUGUGUGGUCUGUUCUCUUCCUUCGCUCCAUGGAUGUGAUUGCUGAGCAGAGGAGGACACACAUCACGAUGGCUGUCAGCUGGAUGACAAUUGUGGUUCCACUGCUCACAUUUGAGAUCUUACUAGUACACAGAUUGGAUGGACACAAUUCUUUUUCUUUUAUACCAAUAUUUGUUCCUCUCUGGCUUUCAUUGAUAACUUUAAUGGCAACAACGUUUGGACAAAAAGGGGGAAAUCACUGGUGGUUUGGAAUUCGCAAGGACUUCUGCCAGUUCCUGCUUGAAAUCUUCCCAUUCUUACGAGAAUAUGGAAAUAUUUCCUAUGACCUUCAUCACGAAGAUGAGGAAACAGAAGAAACACCACUGCCUGAACCACCAAAAAUUGCACCAGCCAUGUUUCGAAAAAAGACUGGAGUGGUCAUUACACAGAGCCCAGGAAAAUACGUGAUUCCACCUCCCAAAUUAAACAUUGACAUGCCAGAUUAAGAUGACAGUAGCAUAUUAAACUUGAACUGGGAAGCAGCA